AUGCCACGAGAGCGACGACGUUGGACGGCCGAAGAAGAUGCAUGUCUCCAGGAAACAGUUCGAUCAGGUGAGCAUCUCUGGCGUCCAAUGUUUCGCAAACGCUGCAGUUCUGGAAUAUGCCCUGAUACGUGCAUGACAGCUAUCGACCAAUCCCGCCCCCUUCUAUGGCGCGAGAUCGCGAAGAGCGUUUCCGGAAGAAGCAAUAAAGAUUGCCGACGACGCUGGUACAACUCCCUCUCGAGCUCCCUCGUCAAGGGCUCGUGGACGGAAUCCGAAGACGAACGAAUGUGGACCGCAGUACAAAAGCAUGGUCCACAUUGGGUUUCAGUCGCUCGAGACGUCCGCACGCGGAACCCGGACCAGUGCUCCAGCCACUGGAGCCAGACGCUGAAUCCAGAUAUUGAUGUUAGUGAGUGGAGUCUACAAGAUGACGAGGCGCUCUUGCUAGCAGUUCAGCGUCACGGCACAGCUUGGGCGACCAUUGCCGUGAAGUUUUUCCCGGGCCGGACAACAUUGGCGAUCAGGAACCGUUUCAACGCGUUAAAUGCAAGAAAGAAAAGUUCCAGUUAUACACCUCCCGCCGAACCGAACGACAUGCCAGGAGUUAAACGCCGUGUCACUCGCGGUUCGCGCAAUCGGGACAGUAGGCCGUAUUCAGGUACAACAUCUCACUCAAUAGACGACAAAGAUGGCACUUCAGAAGAUACCGAAGAUGAGGAUUCAAAAGAUGCUGAAGGUGGGGAUGAGGCCUGUGCGCGCUGGCAGGAUGAACCCCUGGGACUAACCAGAGGACAGCCAAAGACUGGUAGCUCCUUCGGUUGGUCGCGUAUAUCGUCCCUCGAAGAACCGGACAGACCCCUGGAUCGCCCCUACACUCCAGAUAUGUCUUCUGUCUCAAUGCUCACUCGAACGUCCCAAGACUCCACUUCGGGUAUCCUCGCCAGCGUUUUUGGAUCCGACUUCCCAGGCUACAAUGGCUAUGUCAAUUCUGCAGUGAUGUCCACGUCUGGGCCAUUUCAGGAUCCUACACGAAGCUCUAGCGGUGAGAAUGACCGGCAGUUACUCCACAUGGAGGCAUCAUCUCUUGACAACGGACGCAUGGGAUUUCUUCCCUUCGAAUCCUCCCUAGGCUGCUGUUCCCAGCCACAACCAGUGUUCCCGGUCCUGACAACAGGUGAACUCCCAAUCUCACAGUCUGAUCUCGGGCUAGGAACUAUGCCGUUUCUAUCUGGUUCCCUGUCCUCCCGCGAGUCGACUGGCGUGACGGAUCUAACAGCCGAUGGUGGUUUAAACGCACCGGAGCAGGGCAAACCAGACGGACAACUCUGCCGUAUUUCUAUAGACAUGGAAUGCACGCCUCAGGAGCUGUCACAAAUCAUGAAUACUAUAGCUGGAAUCGCUCGGAAAGUGACGCUGAAAGUGAAUAGUUAG